UCUCCCCCUUCCUCUAAAAACGCCACACGGUGAGAUUUUACCCCCUGGAUACAAUCAGAUACAACUUCUUGGCGUCAUCUAACUUGACCUCCUGAGUUGUUUGGUUCCUUACAAUUUGUCACGAUGGUUGUCUGUCCUCUAACUCCCGAACUUCUCAAUCAGCUUCGUGCGAAGUUUUACGCAGACAGCCGCAAUGUAUUGGCACAAAAUGUCUGCACAAAAACAAAUCCCAUCGAUGCCUGUUCUUCAAGAAAGAUUCUAGAGGAAUCUUAUCAUGUUUUUACCCAUAAAAUCGAGACCGAAGGCAAGCCUGUAACCAACCAGAAAAAUUCAGGAAGAUGCUGGUUAUUCGCAAUCUUAAAUGUCAUGAGAACCAGCUUCAUGAAACAACAUAACUUAGAUGAGUUUGAAUUUAGCCAGGCUUACUUGUUCUUUUGGGAUAAGGUAGAACGAUGCAAUUACUUCUUGCAUAAUAUUGUGGCCACUGCGAAACGAGGUGAACCAGUAGAGGGUCGAUUGGUUAACUUUUUGUUGAGCGAUCCUACUUGCGACGGUGGCCAAUGGGAUAUGAUAGUAAAUUUAAUAACUAGACAUGGUGUCGUGCCGAAAACGUGUUUUCCUGAAUCUUACAGCUGUGAAUCCAGUGUACGAAUGAAUAGCUUGCUAAAAAGCAAGCUGAGAGAAUACGCAAAGGCAUUACGAGAUAUGAUUGAUAACGGCGCUUCCGACGAGAAGCUGAAAGAACGAAUAAACGAGCAAAUGACGGUGAUUUAUCGAAUAAUUGGCAUUUGUUUGGGUAUACCGUCCGAGAAGAUUACAUGGGAGUAUUACGACAAGUCGAAAACUUACAACUGUGUAGGACCUAUCACACCUUUGGAAUUUUACGAGACCUAUGUGAAACCGUACUACAACGUGAACGAUAAAGUAUGUUUGGUGACUGAUCCGCGACCGGGUAAUCCUUAUGGGAAAUUGUACACUGUAGACUGUCUGGGAAAUGUCGUGGGUGGGAAAACUACCCGUUACAACAAUCAACCGGUAGAAUUGCUGAUGAAAUUGUGUGCCGAGAGCAUAAAAGAUAACGAACCUGUUUGGUUUGGCUGCGAUGUUAACAAAAGAUUAAUUGAUAAGCACGGUAUUCACGAUAUAAAAACUUACAACUUUGAACUGAUGUUUGGUACUGACAUUCACGUCGGGCUUACAAAGGCCGAUAGACUGCUCUAUGGUGAUUCCAUGAUGGUACAUGCGAUGGCAUUUACAGCUGUCUCAAUAGACCGUGAUGGUAAGAUAAAGAAGUUCCGAAUAGAAAAUUCCUGGGGCGAGGAUCACGGUCUCAAGGGUUAUCAGGUAGUGAGCGUUGAUUGGUUCGCAGAGUUUGUCUUCGAAGCAGUCGUAGAUAAGAAAUACGUACCCGCGGACGUAUUGGCUGUAUUCAAUCAGGAACCAGUUAUUUUGCCCGCCUGGGAUCCCAUGGGCACGCUCGCUCAUUGAUGAUAAAGCAGAUUUAACUUACACAUUAUGGCAAGCUGGUUUACUUUGAACACAAAAUGAAAACUCCGGAAUAUAAAAAUGAGAAUUCAAGUUUCUAAUAAAAAUUUCAGGGACAGUAAUUGUACAAAACUAUGGAUAUUUUAUACUUUACAAGAGAAAGCAGUAGUAUUGAUAAGUAACUUCGUUAUUCUCACGAAUUGUAAAUCCAGUUUAUUGCAGUAUACGAGGGCCAAUGUUUAGUUCAACCAUCAAGACUGAGUAUAUGAGUUACCAUAUAUUUGAAAUCAUAAAAUAAAUAUCGUUACACGUGUGUGCGUGUGUGUAAAGCCGCAUUUUUCCGAUUGCGCAAGAGUGCUAUGCUGCACACAUUUCAGUUUUAGGCAAUAAUAUAUUGGUUUUGAACACUAUAUAUAUUUAUAAAUAAUAAAAUAAUCAUUAAUACUUUAACGUGAUAGAUUACAUCAGCCUCUUUCAUACAACUAAAAAGUAAGUAUAAAGAGACUAAACUAUUUUAUUGUCAUGUUACAUGCCUACGAUUUAAUUGUUAUUAAGUGCAGUGAAAUGUAUGGCGUAUUAUAAAAGCACUUGUCUCUUUGUGCAUGUUACUUUUAUAAUCCCAAAGCACACAUUAUAAGGUAAAGUAACACAGAGCAAUAUAUAUAUAUAUACAAUAUAAUAGAUAUAUAUAUAAUAUAAUAGAUAUA